AUGCUCCGUUCCAUUCUCCCGCGCCAGAAUCAUUUUCUGCUGCUGCAACUCCGCUCCAUCUCCAGUGCAUCAAUGUCGGCUACGCCUGUGGAAGACGCCAUCCGCGCGAAGCUCCAACAAACCUUACAACCUUCCACCCUCAUAAUCCGCAAUGACUCUAAACUCCACGCCCACCACGAGCCUAUGCGCGGGAACACAUCGACAGAGACGCAUUUCCACAUAACAGUAACUUCACCCUCGUUCGCAUCCAAGACGCAAGCCGCACGACAUCGCAUGGUCUACGCUGCGCUGAAGGAGGAGUUGGCACGGGAGGGGGGGAUUCAUGCGUUACAGUUGAAAACGCGGACGGCGGAGGAGGAGGCGAGGGACCAGGUGAGGGAGACUAAGGAGAAGGAGGUUGAGACGGAGUGA